AUGGCCGUCCAAGCAGGAGUGGCCGGCGCCAAGGGGCCACUGGCUGCCCAGCCCGGGAGCAGCCACAGGGCGUGGGGCCGAGCCGGGCACACUCCCGUCAGCCGCUGCCCAGCCGUGCCCGGCCCAGCAGCAGCCAAGGGAAGGGGCCAAGCGGAGAUCCCAGGGCCCAGGCACAUCGGGGACCACUUUUCCACGACACUACCCAGCCUGGCCCCAGCACGGGUGUCACCUCUCCCCCUGGGGUGGGGUUUCCUGCAGUGUCACCACCUCUUCCCCCUUCUCUCUGCAGACGCGGAGCAGAGCGGCAGUCCCCGGGCAGGGAUGGGCUCCGACCAGGAGGACAGCAAGCCCAUCACACUGGACACCACGGAUUUCCAGGAGAGCUUUGUCACCUCCGGUGUGUUCAGUGUCACGGAGCUCAUCCAAGUGUCCCGGACCCCCGUGGUGACUGGGACAGGACCCAACUUCUCCCUGGGGGAGCUCCAGGGGCAUCUGGCCUAUGACCUGAAUCCAGCCAGCACAGGCAUGAGAAGAACCCUACCCAGCACUUCCUCCAGCGGGAGCAAGCGGCACAAAUCGGGCUCGAUGGAGGAAGACGUGGACACGAGCCCCGGCGGCGAUUACUACACCUCGCCCAGCUCUCCCACGAGUAGCAGCCGCAACUGGACUGAGGACAUGGAAGGAGGCAUCUCGUCGCCGGUGAAGAAGACGGAGAUGGACAAGUCACCUUUCCACAGCCCGUCUCCCCAGGACUCCCCUCGCCUCUCCAGCUUCACCCAGCACCACCGGCCUGUCAUCGCCGUGCACAGCGGGAUCGCCCGGAGCCCUCACCCGUCCUCUGCCCUGCACUUCCCCACGACCUCCAUCCUGCCCCAGACGGCCUCCACCUACUUCCCGCACACGGCCAUCCGCUACCCGCCUCACCUCAACCCCCAGGACCCGCUCAAAGAUCUCGUGUCGCUGGCCUGUGACCCAGCCAGCCAGCAGCCUGGACCGUUAAAUGGAAGUGGUCAGCUCAAAAUGUCCAGUCACUGCCUUUCUGCUCAGAUGCUGGUACCCCCGCCCCCUGGGCUCCCGCGGCUGGCGCUCCCCCCCGCCACCAAACCCACCUCCGAGGGAGGAAGCACGUCGCCGACCUCGCCCUCCUACUCUACGCCCGGCACGUCCCCUGCAAACCGUUCCUUUGUGGGAUUAGGACCAAGGGAUCCAGCGGGCAUUUAUCAGGCACAGUCCUGGUAUCUGGGAUAAGAAAGAUUUCUUCCCACGCCCUGCUCCUUCGUCGCGGGAAUCCCAGGGGGCCGCACUGCCGGCCCCGGCCCACGUUUUCAGUGGAAAGUUAGAGCGAGCGAGACGACCCUGCCGACUCCCAGCCUGGCCGGAAAGACAGAACAGACACACACACGCAGGAGGGAAACAAGCAAAAA